UACCAGAAAUACAGAAGCCUGAAAGGAAAAUUCAGUUUAGAGAGAAGGUGCUGUGGACCGCCAUAACACUCUUCAUUUUCUUAGUAUGCUGUCAGAUACCACUGUUUGGGAUCAUGUCAUCAGAUUCUGCAGACCCUUUCUACUGGAUGAGAGUCAUCCUUGCAUCCAACAGAGGAACUCUGAUGGAGUUGGGUAUCUCCCCAAUUGUAACAUCUGGCUUGAUUAUGCAAUUGUUAGCUGGAGCCAAAAUCAUAGAAGUUGGAGAUACACCCAAAGAUAGAGCUCUGUUCAAUGGAGCCCAGAAACUAUUUGGUAUGAUCAUUACCAUUGGGCAAGCCAUUGUGUAUGUCAUGACGGGCAUGUACGGAGACCCUGCGGAAAUGGGUGCUGGGAUCUGUCUGCUUAUCAUCAUACAGUUGUUUGUUGCUGGUUUGAUUGUGCUGCUGUUAGAUGAACUGCUACAGAAGGGUUACGGCUUGGGGUCUGGUAUUUCCCUCUUUAUUGCCACCAACAUCUGUGAAACCAUUGUCUGGAAGGCCUUUAGUCCCACUACCAUUAACACUGGCAGAGGUACGGAGUUCGAGGGUGCAGUCAUAGCUCUGUUUCAUUUGUUGGCCACUAGGACAGACAAAGUCCGAGCCUUAAGGGAGGCCUUUUAUCGGCAGAACCUCCCCAAUCUCAUGAACCUCAUUGCCACGGUUUUUGUGUUUGCUGUUGUUAUAUAUUUUCAGGGGUUUCGUGUUGACUUGCCCAUUAAGUCGGCCCGGUAUCGAGGACAGUACAGUAGCUAUCCCAUCAAGCUCUUCUACACCUCGAAUAUUCCCAUAAUUCUCCAGUCUGCCCUAGUUUCAAACUUGUAUGUCAUUUCCCAGAUGCUGUCUGUUCGAUUUAGUGGCAACUUUUUAGUAAACUUACUAGGACAGUGGGCUGAUGUCAGUGGGGGCGGCCCUGCACGCUCUUACCCUGUUGGAGGCCUUUGUUACUAUCUUUCUCCUCCCGAGUCCAUGGGUGCCAUAUUUGAAGAUCCUGUCCAUGUCGUGGUAUAUAUCAUCUUCAUGUUGGGAUCAUGUGCAUUCUUUUCUAAGACCUGGAUAGAGGUGUCUGGCUCCUCAGCCAAAGAUGUAGCUAAACAGCUUAAAGAGCAACAGAUGGUGAUGAGGGGCCACAGAGACACCUCCAUGGUCCAUGAACUUAAUAGGUACAUCCCCACAGCAGCUGCGUUCGGAGGUCUGUGCAUCGGGGCCCUGUCGGUGUUAGCGGACUUCCUUGGGGCUAUUGGGUCGGGCACUGGGAUUCUGCUUGCAGUCACUAUCAUUUACCAGUACUUUGAGAUAUUUGUGAAAGAACAGGCUGAAGUUGGUGGGAUGGGUGCUUUGUUUUUCUGAAUGUUCAUAUAUUUCUUUGUGUGUGAAAGGGAAAAUAUUUUGACAUAGUUUUUGUCAAAUAAUGCUGGUUCCCCUUUUCUUCCCUCAGUUUCUUGUUUUCAAGUGCUAACUGUCCCAUUUCUGAAAUGGGCACCGAGCUAAGCCUGUGCAGCAUUAGUACCAGCUGCCUUAAAACUGAAGUUUACAUUAUUCGUUGAAACUGUCCAUCUAGUGUUGCCCAUGAUGCUGGAAACCGAAGCAUCUGCCUUGCUGUUGGUCAGACAGGAAGACAGUUCACAUGGAUUAGCUUUGCAUACAAUAUUCAGAACACUAAAUAUUCCCCCUUGUUUAAAAGUAAAUGUAGUUCAAAUUGCCACUUUCCAGUAUUUUUGAGCUUAGCUAAUGAGUUCUAGAACAUUUAUAUCUAAUGUAUAUUUUAGAUAAUUUUUAUACUUUUUAACUGAUCAUGUCCAUGUUUUCCCUCACCAGCCCCAAUCGCUCUUUAUUUUUCCUAUCCCAAAGCUUCCACUCAGCCUAGAUGGGCAAAAAUCAAGCACUGAAGUGAUUUGUUACUAGAAACAAUUGCUUCUAAUUUUUCUUCCUGCUUUUCAUUCCUGCUCUCCUGGUGACAGCGGUCAGUACUCUCUGACUGCUGGCUAUGCCUUCCAUUUCCAAGUCACUCGAGAACACUUCUAAAGACACUAUGCCUCAUCCCCACCCCCUUCUUAAAGCCAACAUUCAGUUCUCAAGCAGUGUCUGUAGUUGAGUCGGGGUAAGCACUGAGUAAUUCAUGCUAGGAAUUUGUCUGUUCUUACAGCAGCAAACCUGAGUGUAAACUGUAGACAAUAAACUUUUAUUUAAUAAAACUGUUCAGUUGUGUUGGAGAAAUAAAGAAAUAUGGUAUUAAG